GUCAACCGCUGAAAUUGAGCCACGGUCAAUCAAGACUUGCAUAACUUACUCUAAGCUGCGUCGCGCUAUUUUGAAAUACUCAGUUUCUAGCCCGUGCAUUUACAUGCUCAUUGAUCGCUUAUUCCCAGCUACAUCAACUUUUAUUACCUCUAGGCCCUGCACACUCAUGCACGCUGAAGCGUUCACACACGCCCACACUUGCAGCUUCCUGUACCGAUAAGCGAGCAUCGCAGUAAUGCAGCGACACAGCCUGCACCCGUGUGGUGGUGACAUUGCACUUGUCCUUAUCAGCAGUCAGUUCCCUCGCAGUCAUGAUGUUAUUGCUGGGCUGCAGUGCGCUUCUGCAGUUACUCAUGCAAUGGUGUCUCUCGAAUACUUUUAACUUUUGUUAAGAGGCACUUUUUACUGUUACUUUUAAACUUUUGUUCAAAGUGAAUCGGUGUUUAUUUGGCUUUGACUAAACUUUUACGUGUACAUGGAGCGCUAUAAGUGUACAUGAGUUCCCAACAAGUAUUUACCGCGUCUUGAACGUAAUAUACAUUUUGCUGUUAUUCAAUUUAAUAGAUGGUUGCCAGAUACUGUCCCUCUAGGCUGGUCAUAAUAUGAAUUUAGUCGGUUGUUCAUUAAUUGUAUUUUUUUUUCGUUGCUCAUUGCUGUGUAAUAACAUUGCAAUUACUAUUACGCUUAUUAACUUUAUUAUAAUUGGAUGGUGGACUACUGGACUUAUAGUGCCAAAAGCAUCUCUCAGCCUAAUCUCUUGCAAGGGCUUCUCAAUAUGUAUUAUUUGUGCAAUAAAAUUUAUGUGUAAUAAGUUUUGUAUUUGCCAGUGAAUCAUACCAAGAUGCACCGUGGAAUUAUCCUUGGUCUCUAUGGAGCCGAUUAUUAUAAUGCAGGUAAUCUCAAUUGACGCUUUAUUGCAGCUUUUUAGUGGCUCAAUUUCGACCGAAUCCUCCACAGCUUCUAUCAUGAGAUCGGAUGGUUUAUGCCGCUGUCGAGCUUGUUGAUAGGCAGCAAUAUGCUUAUACAUGCUGAGGGUUGCUUGCAUAUGCGCAAUGACCUCACGUGCCGCUUAGCUUCUUGUAGAUGUAGAGGAAGAGAAGGCAUCAUUUAGUCCUAUUCUAUGUUACAAAUUGAUGAUCAAAUGUAACUCUCUUUUUAUGGUUUGUACUCGCUCAGUUAUACUCAUAAUUGAUUUUAUGGGGGGAUAAAAAAACUUCUUCUUAACUAUAACUGUAGCCAUGUAUGGCUGCAUCGAGCACGAAAAUAUUCCAUGAUUUAGAAAAUUCAUUGUAGCAAUGAUUUUGUACGUGCUUUUGAUAUUUUAUUUUGUGUCGAGUGAUUGUUCGGUGCAGAUGCGCCGAGAAGAAUGCUUCAAGAAUGGCACCAACAGUCGCAACUGUUCGCCCCGUGCAGCCUUUCGCGACACUCUGGCUUCUGUGGGUGCUAGCCAUCGCCAAGUGAGCAUCCUGGGGGUCGAGACAUUGCCUGCGAUUGAAAGAAGCGCUUUUACGCCUCUGCCAUUUGCUGCAUUUCUCCAGCCACGGCCAUUGUAUCAGGAGUCAGAAGAGAAGGUUUUCAAUGUGCUGGAGGAGGAACGCACGGUUCCGAGGCAGCUCAAAGGUGGCAAACGACAAGUCGGACGUGAAAGCGAAGAGUCGACGCUAAGUGAAAGCGAGAAAACAUCCAAUAGUCAUGUAAACUUUAGGCGGAGAAAAGGAGGCAGAAGGAGUGACAGACAGCGACAACUCAGGAAAGAGAGGAUUGAAAGAAAACGAGCAAGGAGGAAGAACAGAAGAAAAAAUAAGCGUGAGAAGAAGAACCUGAAUAAACAUCCAAAGUACAGGGAAGGGAAUCAGAGAAAAAAAUCUAUGAGGGGAAAGAUGAAGUCGUUGCGCACUAGAGGUCAGCGUCGUAAACACGUGGACCAAACCGGUGUGAACCCACCUAGCUUCAUCGAGAAUGUGCAGCUUACCUCAGCGCCACUCAAAACGAGCAAUCGCGACGCCUCGCGACUUGAAGAUAACACUCAAAUUGACGAGGAGCUUGGAGCCUCUUUGCCGAUUUCAUCAAACUCUUUAACUGACGCUGCUAACUCUUAUAUUAAUGUGCACAACUAUCACGAAGCUAAAACGGAUCUCGACGACGAAUUUGAAAGUGAAGUCGGAGACCCUUUUGACUCUGAAUUUGAUUUGCACCAAACAGACGACGACGACUAUGAGUUUGGUCCGGAUUAUUUCGACUGGAAGGAUAAUUCAAGCGCUGACUACUUCUUAGAGGGCGUGGAGACGACCAUUUCGCCAGGACCGUGGGCACUACAGACUGACGAGGACACAACCGUCCGUCUGGACACUAGCCACGUGGACGUCCGGAGGAAUAUCGUCCGCCUCCACAACCUCCUCAGGAGCAAAGUCCUGCCUCCUGCCGCCAACAUGCUAGUUGUAAGCUGGCAUGGGGCCGCAGCCAGCCAGGCGCGGCACUGGGCCGAGGCCUGCGUCGCCCAUCGGGGCCGCCACGCCGCCCCUGAGCGCUGGACUCCUCGUUACGGCACGUGCGGACAGAACGUGCUGGUGUCGCGCCGUAGGAAGCGCUGGGGUGAGGUUAUCAACACGUGGUGGAGGGAGCGACGUUACUUCCAGUUCGGCAGCACCAUGACCAACCUGACGUAUAGAGCUCGGUCCUACACGCAGCUCGUGUGGUACAGCUCACAUCGUCUGGGGUGUGCUCACUCACAGUGCUCAUCUGCCAACGAUACAACCUUCCACAGAUACGUCUGCAACUACUGUCCUGCCGGCAACGACCCAAGCCGCUUGUCGGAGCCGUACACGAGGGGGCGACCGUGCGAGAUGUGUCCCAGAGCUUGUAGAUCGGUUUGCGCUGAGGGUCAAUGCUUGAUGUGCACGAACAGAUGCCCGUUCUCGGACCUGUGGGCGAACUGCGGCACGCUAGCCAACAGGUGGAGCGAGUGGCUGUGCAACACCAAAACCGCGCACGGCGUCGAGCGCUUCAAGAACUGCCGCGCUACCUGUCAGUGUGCGCUGGCUGGUGAUAAGAUCAUAUAAAAGUCGCGUCGCAUUAGUCAGCAUUAUUAUAAAUUUUAAUUAAUUGUACAAAUUUAACGCAGUAUAAGCAAUCUAUGUAUUCAGUGAGCCACUUUAUAGGAAAUAUGAUUAACAAUGUAUUUAUACGACGUCAUCUUGGCGUCUCACGAGUCAGGGAAUCGCACAAAUAUAUCAGCUUGCGGAAGAUUCUCAGUUGUUAAAUUUAUAUAAUUUUCUUCCAGUAAGGCAGUUCCAGUUACGCGAGUCUCCGUCAGUCGGCAGGCGAAAAAUAUACAAUCUACUCGCUUAUAUUAAUGAUAGUAUUAAAAAAAUUGUCAA